UCACAGCUACCACCUCGCUGUUUAUUCCCAUCAUCUGUAUUUUUACUUUCUACCAGCAGCAUUAAAUAGAUUAUAGAGGAUUCUCUUAUUUAAAGACUGGAGCUAAAACUCUGCAGUUUAUUUUUAGAUUGUCCAAGAAUGACAACAAAAGCGACAGCUUAAUUCACCAGAGGCACCAGACUGAAGUACGUUACCAUUUGCCACGUGGGACAGUGUCGUGUAGCAGAGCAGCCGGUCAGUUAGAGACUCAGUAGGUCAGCUGAGUGCCGUCUGUACUCUCCUCACUCACUUUCAUCAGCUGUGCCAAGAACAAGAAGCUUCCUGCACAGCUCCAUCAUGUCUCUACGGCUCCUGCCUGCCAUCGCUAUGGACAAUGACGAGGAUGAUGAUGGUAACUUUACCAAAUGGAUGAGCAGUUACUGGGGUCACGGGACAGAAGCUGUACAUUCCAGAGAAAGAAAGCGCAGCUUCAGACGGCCUUCAAAAGCUCAGGUUGAUCGACGAGCAUCGCUCCCGACUGCGUCACAGUUGGAUGCCAUGAAGUUAAAAAGGUUUCAUGUGGCUACAAUGCCGCCUGCACCCAGCCACGUAAAACCAAGAGAGGAGAAGGGGGAAGUCAGGCACCACCAGAGGCCUCGCCGUGCCUCCGCGGAUGACAACAGCCGCUCCAAGACGGCCAUCCCGGAGAACCGCAUCACCACCAUCCCAGAGCUCACAGAGACACUUGAGAAGAGACUCAUUCUAAAUGAUAAGACUGUGUCUCUGAACAAUGAUGAUACGUUGUGCCUAAUCUGUCAUGAGGACAUGCGUAAGAGUGGAAGGGGAGUUCCACAUUGUACACACCGCUUUCAUAAAGAGUGCAUGGAGCAGUGGCUAUGGAGGGAAAGGAACUGUCCCACGUGUCGUGUCUACGUAUCAAUGCUUAAGCCCCUCUACUGGCCUUCUUGUCGCACCACCGUCCCAUAAUGGACCUGCACCUACACUUGAAAUGCCUGCAUGUGCAUGUGACUCACUGACCCCAAGACCUCCUCCUCCCUGUCUCCACGCGCUUCAUUCUUUCUGCAUGAACACCCUCUGUGAGAUUGUCUUCGGAUGCUGGAGGAAGCUGGAAAUGAGAGCGAGGACAUCCCAUGUGAGAGAGGAGCUGUUAAUCUCUCACUUUGCUAAAUUAUUUAAAACCUCUUUUAAAUUAAUGCACUAUCAGGGGAGGGUUAGUCACUGCUAUGACAUGCACUUAGGUGGAGCAAAUUUCCUCAGAAUUGACAAUAUUUUUGGUAAUGAAUUAGAUAUUCUGUCUGGAUUCUGCUGAGUUUGUGUUUCAGGUUGAAGCACCGAAUUACUCACAGCAUAAAGUGUAAACAAACAGCAGCAUAAAUUAGUCUUCAGGCAGCAUGUGAAUGUGUGCAACAUCAGUAGCACUUCAAAUCAACAAACAGUGGGGGAUAAAUAACAGAUAUAAUAAUAUUUUACAUCAGUUCAUUCAUAAUAUUACAAGUAAAUCUACCAACUGAUAUUAGUGUUAUAUGUUUCACAUGGUCUUUGUCAUUUGCUAAUACAACCUAACUGAACCCUAGUACUACUUAUCUGACAUCCACUGAGUGCAGGUUUUUGGCUCUGGCUUCAUAUUUAGGACACAGAAAUGAUGGUAGUGUCAAUAUUUCCCAAAAGCACUCAUUAAUGCAUCCAUCCAUCCAUCCUCUGCCACCUGUUCAGGGUCUUUGGUGGGCUGGGUGUACAGUACAGGUCGCCAGCCUGUCUGAACAGCCAGUCUCAGGGCUAACACAGAGAGACAGCCAACCAUUCACAACCUAUGGGCAGUUUAGAAUCACCCAUUAACCUAACCCCAUGUCUUUUGGACUGCGGGAGGAAGCCGGGGGGACACGGGGACACGUGCGGCCCCUCAUUAAUGGACAGGUAUUCUAUUUUUUUUUUUUUUACCACAUUUGAUUGACAUCCUAUGGUGCCCACCAGUUCCUGACAUGUAUUUAUUUAAAAAAAAAAAAAAAAACCUCAUGAAAACAGCUUUCAAAAAGCUUAAACACCAGUGUGUCAACUGUAAGACUGGUGACAAAUUAAAGGAAAAACAUCAAACCCACGACUCACACACUGAAGGACUCCAGUGCUUCUGUUAUGCUGUGCUGGUAUGGUUGGAGUACAGAAAGAGUCACUGUAAAUCAAUGCAACAUUUCUCUGACUGAUCACUUUUAUCCUAAAUUUCUGUCCCGAUGAGAGCAGCCUUUUUCAGAAUGACAUGCCACCUUUGCACAGGACUCCACUGAACGCUUUGGUUAGGCUGAAAAUGAUGUUAAUACUGUAGAUCGCAAACCAGAGGAACCCAUUUGGGAGAUUUCUGACCAAGAAGUUAAACAGAUCUCAUCAAAACACCAAAUGAGAGAAUAUCUUUUGGAAGAAUGACGUUCAUCGCUCAUCUCUCCAUCUUGCUCGCACCUACAGCGUUUUCUCUGAAGUUAUAAAACUCCUCCCCUGAAUCAGCGCUAUAUCUUAUCUUACAUCUGCACCGUUUUCCUGCCUUACCGAAUUAGCUUUUGUUUUGCAAGUGAGAAUUUUUGUGUGUGUGUGUGUGUGUGUGUGUGUGUGUGUGUGUGUGUGUGUGUGUGUGUGUGUGUGUGUGUGUGUGAGACUUCUAUUUGGCUCUGUUUCCAAACAUCUAUCUUUUGCACUGCCAAAUGAGAAGUUUACAGUGUAUCUAAAAAGAGCUGGCCUAUGUAUUUGCCCAUGUAAAUAUGCAGCUAUGUGAAAGUUUAUUUUGUAGUUUCUGAAAAAUUAGGAUUAAAUGAUAAAAUGUUCAUUUAAUAACCAGCAAAUGCUCAUAACUGCUGUUAGAUUUCCACUAUGGAGGUUA